CCGUCUCGACAGUCCACACGUGCCCGCACGGCUCAGUUCCAUUAUCACCGGCGUUACCGUCGCGGCCACAACGUCAUCGCCGCCCGUCGGUACACACAGCACACGAGCGCGAAAAGAACGAAUUGACAAGAGAAAAUCAAUUAUAUUAUAAUAUAAAUCAAUCGCGAAAUUGACGACUGUCGUAGGUCUACUUGCCCCGAAAAAAAGAAUCGCUUUAUCUGGAAAUUUCGCGUUCGAAUAACUAACAGCAGUUCCGCAAUGUGGGCCCGACGACGGUCAGGCGCGGACGGCUACUGACGGGCGACGGUAGCCGGCGAUCGCGUACCGCCGUCGCGCAACUUUGGAACGUCGCGUGCCCAAUGAAGAUCAGCGAUGUGCCGUCAUGAAUACGGGGCCUGGUCAGGGUGCAGCCCAUGGGCCCUCGUCUGUUCCCAACUGGUGGGCCGCCGACCCUCAUCACCAUUCGUCUUCGUCCACCUCGGAUGUCAUGAGUCAGCUAUGCCGUGUAUGCGGAGAACCUGCCGCCGGUUUUCAUUUUGGAGCAUUUACCUGUGAGGGUUGUAAGUCGUUCUUCGGUCGGACCUACAACAAUUUGAGUUCAAUAUCCGAGUGCAAGAACAACGGCGAGUGCGUUAUUAACAAGAAGAACCGGACGUCGUGCAAAGCGUGUCGGCUCCGCAAAUGUCUGGUGGUCGGCAUGUCCAAAAGCGGUUCCAGAUACGGACGUCGCUCUAACUGGUUCAAAAUCCACUGUCUGCUCCAGGAACAGCAGCAGCACCAUCAUCACAUUCAGCACCAGCAGCCACCGCAAGCUGUACACCUACCGCCAGUUGGCGGAGGCGGCGGUCGGUCUUCGGCCGAAUCAAGACGAACGCCGCCACUGCCAUGGGACGUAAAACACCACAUGGACGUCGACAACAAUAAUUCGGUGCCCGCCGAUCUAGACAAAUCUAGCGGCCGUUUGUCCGCGGCUGCCGCAGCUGCAGCUGCCAUGCACGCUGUUCGGCCCGAACUUCUACAAUGGCACUCGCCGUUUUUCCCGGCGUUCCCGUUCCCACCGCCGUCGCCGUUUUUCAUGGCGGCUGCCGCUGCACUUCAGCCCCGGCAGCUCGUCAACAGGCCGCAUUCGACGAGCCCCAAUUCUUCUUCCGUCGAAGAACACGGCGGCCCGCCGUCGCCGAAAGUCGCCGCUUUCGAUUUGCCUCCCGUCCAAGAUUCACCGAUGGACCUGUCGGUGUCCGCUACCGGCGGAAGCGGCUGCGGCGACACCGCUAGGUCACCGCCGUCAUCACCAGAGAGUCCAGGACGAAGUGGCGGCACCGACGAUAGUCAUCGGACGCCCGUGGACGACUCGUACCAAACGUCUGACGACGAACACGUGCCGAACGAUACCGCGAAAAUUGUUCCCCUGGACUUGACGUUCAGUCGGUCGUAACUGCGUUAAAAUUUAAAAUUUGUGUCCAAAAAGCUAUUAUAAAAAUAUUAAAUUUUUUUAUACCAAAUGUGUCAGCCCAUAAGUUGACUGAUCGCAAAAAGUGUUAUUACGAUUAUUGAUUUUAAUGUCAACGUUAUGACUCUCCUUAAACAAACUCUUAAAUACGUUUAUGUUUGGCAGAUCUAUUUAUAAAUGUAUUUAUAAUUUAAAUAAAUAAAUUAAUGUAUAAUAAAUGUAACAUAAUAUCAUUAUUAUUAAAUUAAUAAAAUUAACUAAUGAGCCUUUGUGGUU